AUGGCCGAUGCGGGGUGUGUGAGGCCCCGGACGAGGCAGAGCCAACGGCUGGGGAGGACGGAAGGGUGCCCUCUUGCCUCCGCAGGGGGGCCCGGCCCUGGGAGCCCCUCCUGCAUCUGCAGGGUCUUGGGGCCUCUCCCCGGUCAGCUCCCUCCCACUGGCCCCCGGCUCCCAGGGGGUCUGCUCACAGCUCCUCUGUGUGUCCUGCGAGGUUCUCUGCAGCCGCCACCCUCCCCUCCCCAAAGGGGCCUUUGUAAGUUCCCACGGGAGACCUCGCACAUGUGCGUUCAUUGCGAACCCCCGGCCUUCGCCGUGUCUGCUCUGGUGGUGGUUGAAGGUCGCGUGGUGACUGCCCUGGCCUGUGCCCUGUGGCCUCCGGGGCUGCAUGCACCUGGCGGGACGGGGCGUGUGCCCCAUGCCCUCUUCGAAUGUCUUCCAUGUCACAUGUGUCCAUAG